GAAGCCGUUAUCGAACAGACAGACGAGGCCUACCGCCACUUCUCCGCCGUCAACUCCCCCGUCAACGUUCACUUCAAUUCCACUAGUUACAUGACAGCAGAGGAAUGGAGCCAGCAACAGAAGAAAGAGGAAGCAGUGCAUGCUAGCUGUCUUCGUGUUCCACGCAGGCACACAUUCCCCUUCUCUUGAUUUCAAUUCGACUGUACAUUAUAUAUUGAAGUUUUUAAAUAUCUCUCUCUUUUUGGGGCCCCACGGAGUACUAAAAUGUCUGUAGAAGAACUUGAUGCUAAUGAAAGACGUGCUUUUUUGAGUGGCGCAGCAGCCUUGCAAGGUCAUGCUGUCUCAUAUGACAUCACAAAUUCAAUUGUUUUUGUAUAUUUUGGUGCCUGUUUAUAACUGUUUGCCGAAAUGCCGGUUUUCUUUUGGUACUUGAUGCACUGUGCUGCUAAAAAUUUUGAUUUUGAAAAUCUUGUUCCAUCUUUCCAUGAUUAAUGUGUAUAUACCACUUCUCAUUGUAUAAAUUUGCUGCAAGCUUGAGGGGAAUGAUAAGCUAAUUCUCACUCCAUUCGAGAAGAACCUAGAUAUAUGGAGACAGCUUUGGAGGUGGUUGAACGCAGUGAUUUGCUUGUAAUGGUUGUCGAUGCACGGGACCCACUGUUCUACGGUUGCCCUGAUCUUUAGCAAGAUAUACUGAUGCGAGAUUCAAGAGAAGUUGAUGGACACAAAAAGACAUUGCUUCUCAUUAACAAGGCAGAUCUUCUACCGGAUUCUGUUAGAAACAAAUCGGCUGCGUACUUCCGCAGACAUGGAAUUCUCUUUGCUUUCUGGUCAGCGAAGUCUGCUUCUGUAGCUCUGGAAGGGAAAAAGUUCAGUUUUUCUGCAGGAACGCAAAAAAGUGAGCUAGAAUUGGUUGAUGCCGAGACUAAAGUAUACGGCAGGGAAGAGCUACUUGCUCUCUUGCAAUCUGAAGCUGAGCAAAUAGUUUCUGCGAGAAACGGUGUAAGCUCCAAUGUGGCAGGCCCGUCUCACAGUCAUCGUAAUGAUGGAAAUCUUACAGGACAUAUGCCAUGUCACUGCAUAAUUGUUGGAUUUGUUGGGUAUCCAAUGUGGGGAAGAGUUCAACAAUUAAUGCUUUGGUAGGAGAGAAACGGACAGUAGUAACCUCAACUCCUGGGAAGACGAAGCAUUUCCAAACAUCGAUAAUAUCUGACAAAAUUACUCUUUGUGAUUGCUCUGGAUUAGUGUUUCCACCCUUUACGAUUUCAAGGUACGAGAUGAUUGUUUCUGGGGGUUUUACCUAUUCAUUGCAUGACUGAACACAGGGAGGCUAUGCAGGUUGUGGCAAAUUGAGUACCUAGGCAUGUUAUCGAGAAUGUCUACAAAAUUUCUUUGCCGAAACCCAACCCGUAUGAACCACAGUCAUGGCCUCCUUUGGCUGCAGAGUUUUUGAGAACUUAUUGUGCAUCCCGUGGAUAUGUUGCCUCAAGUGGACUGCCGGAUGAAGCUAGAGCUGCCCGUUAAAUUUUGAAGGAUUAUAUCGACGGGAAGCUUCCACACUUUGAAAUGCCUCCAGGAAUGCCUAUCAAUGAAGAUGGCAUCGAAGAUGUUGCCAAACCUAGCCCAUUGGAGAUUCACCGAUCAGAUUCGUCUGAUAUCGAAGAUCAUUUGAGUGAUGAACACGAAGACACUCCCAGUCUAGAGCACGUGUUGAGUGAUCUAAAUUCAUUUGACAUGGCUAAUAGAUUAGUUUCGACUAAGACACCUGUUAAAAAAAAAUAAAAAAUCUUCGAGCAUCUCUCGUAAACAACAUGAGAAGCCUCAGAGGAAGGAACACCGCUCAUGGAGGGUAAGAGACAAUGAGGUUGAUGAAAUGCCAGCAGUUAGGGUCUUCCAGAAGCCCGUAAACACGCCCCCUCUGAGAGCUUAAGGGCUAGUUCUUAUGACAGGUUUUCGUGCAUACGGGUGCUCAUCAUUUUCGUUGUACUUGCAGCUGUCUCAGUUCGUUUUAGUUAUGUAAACUGAUGGCAUAAUCUUGCAGUCGUGCCAACGACGGUUCUGGAAAACAAUUCUUUGAAUGCCGAAAGGGGGCGGGAACUGUCAUUUAUUUUACUACUGUUGCCUAAUGUUUUCAAUGGAAUGAUUCUAAUGGUAUACAAGUUGAUAGCUGUACUCUGUAUUUUUAUCAUCUAUAGUAUACUGUCAAGAGUUGAUUUGCGU